AUGGAGAGACAGAAGAAAAGAGAACUUCGCGAUCUGAAUGAGAGGGCAUGGGCAGGCGAGACUGAUGUAUUUACAGUCAGCAAGUCCCUCGAUUCGGCGCUCAAGAAGAAUACUGCCUUUAUCAAACGUCUCCGCACUGGUAUCAGCGCUUCCUCCUUAUCCACUUUCUUGUCCGACAUUCGUACGCUAUCCCUUCAUAAAUACCUGUCCGAGAUUAUCACCGCCUGCUAUGAAGGUGUAUCCAAGCUCAAGUCGCCUGGGGAGAUCGCCGCUGGAGUCGAGAUCGUAUGCGCUUUACAUCAGCGAUUUGGCCCGGCAGAGUUCACCCGGCAGAUCGGGUGGCUGCUUGGCCGUGGCUUGAGUUCCCCCGAUAAGGCAUCGCUCAAGGCCCUUCCCCUGGAGUAUCGUGAGCGGGAGGAAAAGGACCGACUAUCGCGACACCGAGUCCUCCUGCGCGUUGUCACGGAAUUAUGGCUCGUUUCCGUUCUGAAAACAUUGGAUGACGUCGAGCGGCCGGAAGACUUGGGCACGAAAAGCAAAGAUGGGGUGGUUGGGAUGGGGGGCAAGCAGUCAGACAUCCCACUCAAGUCGAGGAUACCGGCCGCGGCGAAGGAUCAGGAUAAGCAGGCAGACCCGUUCCCACUGGAAGUUUUAAAGGAUCUUUUGGGUUAUGACCGUGACCAUACCAAUCUUCCGCUUGCCGUUCUUUUUGUGAAGAGUUUCAGCUGGGACAUUCUAGGCACGACGCUUACGGACGAAGGUCGAAAGAACGUGGAAGCGGACGGGGUUACAAAGCAGGAAGCUUUGGAGGACAGCACGGAAGCUGCUUCUGAUGCUGAUCCACCGCUUAUCGCAGACAAGGUUCAACAACGGUUCAAGCAUAUCCUCAACCGUUACUUGGAUGAUGUCAAGGCGCAUGUUGUUCGCGAUCAGAGGGCUCUGGCUUUGCAGAGCCGCCGAAACGCCGAAGCAUAUGUCAAGAGCGGUGAAAUCUUCGAAGACCGUCAAUCCAACUUUGAGAAACAGACCAAGUCCCUCGAGAAGCUUGUUGCCAAUACCCAGGUUUUGUGCGAGGCCCUGGGGGUUGAAAUGCCUGAUUUGGCUGAGAAAGAGGUCAACGAUUCUGCAUCUAGCGGUGGCAUUGGCCUGGUAAAAACUACAGAUUAUCUACGCGGUCAAGGCGAAGGUGCCGGUAUCUGGGAGGAUGAGGAGGAGAGACGGUUUUACGAAAACUUGGUCGACCUGAAAGGAAAGGUCCCUGCGGUUCUGCUGGAGGACGGCAAGAAAAAGAAGAGCGAUGCCGAGGAAAGUAGCAAAAAGAAGGACGGAGACUCUCCCAUCGAACCCUCUGCAGACAAGCCCGAAUCCGAGGACAAAUCUGCGGCAGACCUUGAAGACCAGUCAAUGGCAAUCGCCAGUAAGACCGUGGGUGCGCAGGUUGAGUCUCUGCUUGGCAAGCUUCCGGAAUUGCAGAGUAAAGACCAGGUUGAUCAGCUCGCUCUGGACUUCUGCUUUGUCAAUUCAAAGGCAUCCCGCAACAGGCUUGUGAGGGCUGUCUCAGAUAUUCCCAAAGGCCGAAUCGAUCUCUUGCCAUUGUACUCUCGUUUAGUCGCUACUCUGGGCCAAUAUCUGCCAGAUAUCCCACAAGGACUUACAACAUACCUUGAUGAAGAGUUUCGAAGUCUGCAGAGGCGAAAGUCCAAGGAAUUUCUUGGCCAAGUGCGCCUGGCUAACGUACGGUACCUUGCUGAAUUGACCAAAUUUGGCGUAGUGCCAGAGCAUAUCAUCUUCCAUUGUUUCAAGGUCUCGCUCGAUGACUUCUCGCGAAUGAACAUAGAAAUCAUCGGCAACCUUUUGGAGAACUGUGGUCGGUAUCUGUUGCGCAACCCGGAGACAGCGCCUAGGAUGGCCUCGUUCUUAGAGACCUUGGGUCGGAAAAAGACCGUUCAGCAUUUGGCUCAAAAUGAACGCAUGGUGAUUGAAAAUGCCAUCUACUAUGUCGAUCCACCACCACGACCAGCCAUUCAGCAAAAGGAGCGCACGCCAAUGGAACAGUACAUCCGUCGGCUGAUCUACCUAGAUAUGAACAAGCGCAACUACACCAAGAUCUUGAAGUCUAUCCGCAAACUUCACUGGGAGGAGCAGGAGGUGGUCGAUAUUAUGGAGCGUGUUUUCAGCAAACCUGUUAAAGUGAAAUACGGCAGCAUUCAUCUUCUGGCAAUCCUUGUCAGCGCUCUCUACCGGUAUCACCAAGACUUCGUGAUCGGAGUCGUUGACAAUAUUCUGGAGCAAGUGACUCUCGGAUUGGAGCAGAACGACUUCAAGUUUAACCAGAAGCGUAUUGCUGAAGUCAAGUACUUGGGCGAGCUUUACAAUUAUAAGAUGAUUGACUCCCCCGUCAUUUUUGAUACGCUCUACCGCAUCGUCACCUUUGGCCACGAAGGAGGGACCCCAAUGCCUGGACGGAUCAUUGCGCUGGACCAACCAGAUGACUAUUUCCGAGUUCGUCUGGCUUGCACGUUGCUCGAUACCUGCGGUCACUGUUUUGAUCGGGGAUCCGCGAAGAAGAAGCUCGAUUUCUUCAUGGCUUUCUUCCAAUACUAUAUAUUUACUAAAGAUCCACUACCCAUGGAUGUUGAUUUCCUGGUCCAGGAUACCUACUCUUCCCUCCGACCCCAAUGGAAGCUGGCCACCGACCCGGAAGAGGCAACUAGCAUUUUCACCGAAGCUGUGGCUCAAAACUACAACGUUCAGGAUUCCGAGAGACCUAUCGACGCUGAUGAGGAUGACGCGGACAGUAGCUCUUCGGAGAUGGGCCUCGAGGAGGAUGCAAUUCAUGAUAUUGUGGAUGAGGGAGAGUCCAGCGAUGAGGCAGAGGCAUCUGGGCCAAAUCCGGAACCAGAGAUGGAUGGAGAAUCCGAGUCUGAAGAUGAGCAGAUUGUUGUCACGCGACAAGAAGAGGAACGGGAUCCAGAAGUCGAGGCCGACUUUGACCGAGAGUUCGAGAAGAUGAUGGCCGAGAGCAUGGAUUCUAGAAGAUUUGAACGCAAGGCGAUCUUCGAUAUUCCUUUGCCUAUGAAACGUCCCGCUCGAGAGGCAGCAGCCAAUGAAGCUCCUGAAUCCCCGGAGUCUAUUCCCGCGCUGCCUGUGGCAGUGGCACCCAAGACAAUGGCCUUCUCCUUGAUGACGAAGAAGGGCAAUAAGCAGCAGACUCGUACUAUCGAUAUGCCCUCUGAUUCAAGCUUUGCCGUUGCCAUGCGGAGUCAGCAGGCGGCGGAUCGUGAAGAGCAGCAGCGGAUCAAGAGUCUUGUCCUGAAUUAUGAGGCAGCGAAUGAACCCGAGCCUACCGAGACCUUUGAGAAGCGCAUUCCCGCUAGUCAACGGCUGGAAAAGUCAGGGGCCAAUCGAUCCGCCUUCCGAUCACGCAAGCUUCAGCUUAGUGACGUGAACUGGUAA